GGAGCAAGGCUCGCUCCUCUUUUAGUCCAACUCGCUCCCACUCGGCCACUGGCGGAGGAGACAUGAGGAUAUGCGCGGGUGGUUUCUUUCCCAAAACACAUUGGGCUUGUGUCAGCGGAUUUGAACGACGUUGCAAAUGUAAGUGAAGAGGGGCUUCCUUUGCCGCAGUAAAAAGAUGGGCGCCGUGGGCAACGCGCCCCCUUCUGCGCAACUGCGACUGUUCCUUCUGAUCGCGGCUUUGAACUGCAUCGCCUGCAAGACUUUAAAGUACCAAGUUUACGAAGAGCAACGCGUGGGCACCGUAAUCGCGCGCUUAAAGGAAGACGUCGCCGAAGUUUUGUCCAAAGCGCCGAGCUCCGUGUCUUUCCGUUUCCGAGCCAUGCAGCGGGGGAGCGCGCCGCUGCUGUCUGUGCGGGAGGAGGACGGCGAGAUCAGCAUCGGCUCCAAGAUCGACCGCGAGAAGCUGUGCGAGCAAAAUGCCAACUGUUCCAUUGAAUUCGACGUGGUCACGCUGCCGACGGAAUAUCUGCAGCUGUUCCACGUGGCGGUGGACGUGCUGGACAUAAACGACAACUCCCCGCACUUCUCGCGCGCCAUCGUGCCCAUCGACCUCUCGGAGAGCGCGUCCGUGGGCACGCGCAUCCCACUGGACGGCGCCGCGGACGCGGACGUCGGCGACAAUGCGCUGCGCACGUACUCCCUCAGCCCCAACAACUUCUUUAAGAUCGACGUCAGGACCAGGACGGACGGGGCUAAGUACGCGGAGCUGGUGGUGACGCGAGAGCUGGACAGGGAGGUCCAGUCCAGCUACCAGUUGCAGCUCACUGCUUCGGAUGACGGCGUACCCCCCAAAUCUGGCUCCACGUUGCUGAAAAUUAGCGUCGUCGACUCCAACGACAACAGUCCGGCAUUUGAAGCGCAGGCAUAUGUUAUUCAUUUGCUGGAAAACUCUCCUCUCGGGACUCUCCUCGUAGACUUAAACGCUACAGAUCCAGAUGAGGGCACCAAUGGGAAGAUAGUGUACUCUUUCAGCAGUCACGUCCCACCCAAAAUCUUGGAAACGUUUCAGAUAAAUCCGGAAAAUGGCCACAUCACACUGAUUGCAAAGGUGGACUACGAGUCCGCUUCGUCGUAUGAGCUCGACGCUCAGGCUCGGGAUUUGGGCCCGAACUCCAUUCCGGGGCUUUGUAAAAUCGUUGUGAAAGUCGUGGACGUAAAUGACAACAAGCCAGAGAUAAACAUUAACCUGAUGACACCCGGCACAGAGGAAGUGGCCUACAUCGCAGAGGGGGCACCCGGAGACACCUUCGUCGCCUUGGUGCGCGUUGACGACGGCGACGCGGGGCUUAAUGGCGAAGUGGUGUGCAGGCUUCAUGGCCACGGUCGCUUCAGACUUGAGAAAACAUAUGAAAACAACUACAUGAUCCUCACCAAUAGUUCGCUAGACCGAGAGAAGAGGUCGGAGUACAGCCUGACGGUCAUAGCUGAGGACCGGGGCUCCCCGAGCCUCUCCGCGAUCAAACACUUCACUGUUCAGGUGCUGGACGACAAUGACAAUGCUCCUCGGUUUGAGAAGAACCGCUACGAGGUGUUCAAAUCUGAGAACAACUCUCCGGGAGCGUACCUGAUGACAGUGGUGGCCUCUGAUCCAGAUCUGGGCACCAAUGGCCAGGUUACAUAUGCCGUAGUUGAUGCUCUGGUGCAGGGCAGCCCCAUCUCUACGUACGUGACCGUCGAUCCCUCAAGUGGCGCCAUUUAUGCCUUGAGGACCUUCGAUCACGAGGAUGUCGGUCAUAUCGCUUUCACCAUUCGGGCACGUGACGGGGGAGCCCCUUCCCUGUCAGCCAACGCCACAGUCCUGCUUACAGUCUUGGAUGAAAAUGACAAUGCACCUGUCAUCCACUCCCCCUCCCUCCAGAAUCACACUGCUGGACUUUCAGUCUGGAAGUAUGCUUCUCCUGGUCAGCUGAUCACAACGCUUAAAGUGACAGACCGCGAUGCUGGUGCCAAUGGAGAGGUGAGUUGCGCCAUCGUGAGUGGAAAUGAAGACGGUCUGUUUGUGAUGGACGCUCGGAGAUGUGAGCUCAGGACCAACGCGAGCUUAGAACAAGUGCCAAGGGACGUGAUGGAGAUCGGCUUAGAAGUACAGGAUAGAGGUCCCAACCGACUCACCGCAGGGGCCCUCCUCAAGAUCACCUUGCGGGAGAAUAUGGACAUCCAGCAUCCCACUGGCCCCGGCCACGCUUCUCAUGAUCUCUCCCUCGUCAUCAUCGUGUCUCUCGGGGCUGUCUGCGCCCUGCUGCUUGUUGUAAUGCUGAUGUUUGCCACAGCUCGUUGCACCCGGGAAAACAAGGACCCAAAGCACAACUACAAUUGCCGGCUUGCAGAAAACAGCUAUCAGCAGCAUCCAAAGAAGCCCACAAGGCACAUACACAAGGCAGAUAUUACCCUGGUCCCAGCUGUCAAUGGAGUUCUUCCUGCCCAGUCCCACCCACACUCCCCGUCAGCCUCCCCUCCACCCGAGAGGGGCACCCUCGGUAGCAGGCAGAGCCAUCACAGCCGCCAGUCACUGAACAGUCUCGUCACCAUUUGCUCCAAUCACGUGGCAGAGAAUUUCACCCUGGAGUUGGCCCAUACCGCACCUCCUGUUGAGCAAGUCUCACAGCUUCUGUCCAUGCUCCAUCAGGGCCAGUACCAGCCACGGCCGAGUUUCAGAGGCAACAAAUACACCAGGAGCUACAGAUACGCCCUGAAUGAGAUGGAUAAAUUCAGUCUCAAAGACAGUGGUCGUGGCGACAGUGACGCAGGCGACAGUGACUAUGAGCCUGGCAGGGACUCACCUGUGGAUAGACUCCUUGGUGAGGGACUUGCUGAACUUUAUGCUGCUGACGUCCACAGAAUGCACCCAGCCAUGAAGCUCUGCACUGAGGAGUGUCGUGUACUUGGUCAUUCAGAUCAGUGCUGGAUGCCCCCAUUUGCCUCCCCAGCAUCUUCCUCCUCUGACUACCGAAGCAAUCUCUAUAUUCCAGGGGAGGAAGCCUGCAAACCCACUGACCAGUCCCCAGACAAGACUCCACAGCCUUGCAUUGAAAAUGGAUCUGGCCGGAACCGAAGCUUCUCUACCUUUGGAAAAGAUCUGAGCAGAGCGAAUAUUGGGGAAGAGGAAGUUGAAGAUGAUGGUGGAGAUGAGGCCAGGGAUGAAGACUUUUGUGGAACUACGUCGUUGCUCUCCGAGAUGAGCAGUGUUUUCCAGCGCCUGCUCCCCCAGGGUUUAGAUUCAUAUGUCCAAGUCAAUGAGAACCAGAAGGGGACUAGCCUCAGUAGUAUCAGCGUACCAAUGACCGGAUCUUUAGAUCGAAGGAGGGGCCAUCUUCCAGGCAAGGCCAACCACUCUGUCUACCAGCAGGGUGUGGCAGCCUGGGCCGCCAAUACUCACUUCCAGAAUCCAGGAAGUGGAAUCAUUCCAUCUGGUCACAAUCAGGGCGGCAACUACCACACCCUGAAACCCCGCAACAAGCUCAGCUGUCAGAGCAGCAAUCACAAUAAUUCACAGGUGCUCAAAAACAGCCUGGAGAAUAGCAGCAGCAACCCCAAAUCCCACAGCAGCUCCACGGUCACAGCAAGAGUCAGCCCCACUGUGCAGCCGUCUCAGGCUCCAGUGCCAAUAGCGGUGUCCCUUCCUGGCCCUUCAUCCAAGUGGCUUCCUGCUAUGGAGGAAAUCCCAGAAAACUAUGAAGAGGACGAUUUUGACUCUGUACUGAGCCAUCUCCAGGGAAAACGUACUGACAGCCACCAUGAGCUGGUGGAUGCCAGUGAGUUGGUGGCUGAGAUCAAUAAACUUCUCCAGGAUGUCCGGCAGAGCUAGACUCCUGUUUCUUUAUAUUUAUAUCUAGCUACCAUCUAGUUGUCUUUUACCUUCAGACUGAAGUUUGGGGGUGAGUGGCUGAGAAUUGGAAAGACUGAAAACAAAUAAUAAUGACAAUUGUUGUUUAAGUUGCAUUACUGAUGUAGUAGUAAUUGUUAUUUGAAUGCUAAAUAUCCCAAAAAUAUUUGUAAUUGUUGGAUGGUACACAAUGAACAUCAUUCCACUGUAUUUAUCUUUGUAUUUUAAAAAUACAUUUGUAACUUAUAUUGAUACAAAAAUGUAAAUACAUUUAACUAAAAGUCUAUUUUUAUAUAUUGAAUGCAUGUUGACUCCAAAACAUCGAAUCGAGACUUCAACCUGUGAUCGGCAUUAUGCCUAUUUAAAUUGUUUUUGUAUGGUUAUUCUUUUGUAUUAUUAUAUUAUGUAUGCAAUAAUAUACUGACACUUGUCAUUGUGUGGUCUGUGGAAAAACAGAUAUCGCACAAAUAAAUGUUAUA